GUCAAAGGCCAGUAACUGUCUGCUACAGACGAAUCCUCAGAGCCUCAAUUCUGUGAUUAUUCCCUCCAAGCUCCCAGGAAUGAAGUACACUGCGGAUGAACAGUGUCAGAUUCUUUUUGGACCAACUGCUUCCUUUUGCCAAGAAAUGCAGCAUGUCAUUUGCACUGGGUUGUGGUGUAAGGUGGAAAGUGAGAAGGAAUGCAAAACUAAACUGGAUCCGCCAAUGGAUGGAACAGACUGUGACACUGGAAAGUGGUGUAAGGCUGGAGAGUGUAUCAAUCGGACCUCUUUUGCGGAGCAUAUGGAGGGGGAGUGGAGCGUGUGGAGCACUUGUAGCCGUACUUGCAACACUGGAAUCAGCAGUCGACAACGCAAAUGCCCUGGUUCAGGCCUUGAAGGAGAGUGUCACGGUCCCACAAUGCAGUACAGAGUAUGUGAAAAUCCUUCUUGUCCUGCUGGCAUGCCUGCCUUCAGGGACUGGCAGUGCCAGGCUUUCAGUGUCAGGUCAUCUUAUCAGAAGCAUGUGCACCAGUGGCAGGCUGUCAUCGAUGAUGAAAAGCCAUGUGCCUUAUUCUGUUCACCGGCUGGAAAGGAUCAACCCGUUCUUCUAACAGAAAAGGUGAUGGAUGGGACUUCUUGUGGCCAGCAUGGGUUAGAUGUCUGUGCAGAUGGUAGAUGCCAGAAAUUUGGCUGUGAUGGCAUAUUAGGAUCUCUGGCUCGUGAAGAUCAUUGCGGUGUAUGCAAUGGUAAUGGAAAGUCAUGCAAAGUUAUUAAAGGCGAUUUUAACCAUACCAGAGGAGCAGGUUAUGUGGAAGCUUUGGUGAUACCUGCAGGAGCAAGGAGAAUCAAAGUUGUGGAAGAAAAACCAGCUCACAGUUAUUUAGCUCUUCGAGAUGCUGGAAAACAGUCAAUCAAUAGUGACUGGAAGAUAGAGCAUUCGGGAACAUUUAAUAUUGCUGGGACCACUGUCCAUUAUGUUCGGAGAGGUCUCUGGGAGAAAAUAUCAGCCAAAGGUCCCACAACAUCACCUUUACAUUUACUGGUGCUGCUUUUCCAUGAUCAGAGCUACGGUCUACACUAUGAAUACACAAUCCCACUGGAUCCUCUUCCUGAGAAUCAGAGCUCUAAAGUACCAGAGCCUCUUUUCAUGUGGACUCACUCUGGCUGGGAGGACUGUGAUGCUGUAUGUGGAGGAGGUGAAAGAAAGACAACAGUCUCUUGCACAAAGAUUAUGAACAAGAAUAUCAGUCUUGUGGACAACAAGAAGUGCAAAUAUUUAACAAAACCUGAACCACAGAUCCGCAAGUGCAACGAGCAGCCAUGCCAGACCAGAUGGAUGAUGACAGAAUGGACUCCAUGUUCAAGGACGUGUGGAAAAGGGACCCAGAACAGACAAGUCGCCUGCACACAGCAGCUCAGAAAUGGGACCCUGAUCAGAGCUAGGGAGAGGGAUUGCCUUGGGCCAAAGCCCGCUUCUGCACAGCGCUGUGAAGGCCAGGACUGCAUGACCGUGUGGGAGGCAGGAGUGUGGUCCGAGUGCUCUGUAAAGUGUGGUAAGGGAGUACGGCAUCGGACUGUGAGAUGCACCAAUCCGCGCAAGAAAUGUGUUUUGUCCACAAGACCUAAAGAAGCAGAGGACUGUGAGGACUAUUCCAAAUGCUACGUCUGGAGAAUGGGAGACUGGUCUAAG